AGUUCUGAACAAGAGACAAGAUGGUUUGUUCUGGAGCGCUGGGAUUCUUCCUGCUCUUUCUGCUCCAUCCAGCUUUGGGGGUUAAAAAUCUCCAAAACAUCAUCAACCACCUUCAUAAUAAAUAUGGAGUUAAUAAUCAGUAUGCUCUGGGCAUUAAUGUCCCAGUUAGAUUUUGUGAUCAACAUGCUGCUCUUGACCAGAACUUCCUCCCAAAUGAUAACGAUGCACAGAAGGUGAAAGAUGACAUGGCUGUUGCUGAUCGAAUUUACAAGGGCAAACAGCUGAUUGGUGCCAGACCAAAACAAAUCCCUGGAACACAGAACAACUACCACUCUGAGUAUCUGUUGCUGAUUCAUUCCAUGUCCAAAACAUUAUCUCGCUUUGACCCGCUCAUGCAAACCCUCCUGAAUUCAGAUCCAAAUGGCUGCACGGUUUUCUUCACCCUGAACUCCCCCUGUGUGAAAACCUGCUCAACACCUAACGGACGCUACAGCAUCAUCCCAGCGCUUAGCAUGUUCCAAAACCGCAAAGGUCCAAAAGCAUUUGUUUUUAGACAGGUUUGGGAGCAGGAUGUAGGUAAGCCUGCUUGGGAAGAGAAUAUAAGGAAUAUAAAUAAUAUCAUUCCAGUCUAUCGCUGUGAAGCAAAUGAAUGCAUCCCCUGCGUUGACAAAAAUCAAGUUAAACAAAAGUGCGUGCGGAAUUAGCCUCAUGGCUAAGCUAUAUCGUAAUGUGCUUUCCAUGGCAACUUUAUCAAAUAACUGCCUUUCAACUGCAUAAAAGGACAAAAAAAAUUAGCCAGAAAUGUUAACUAUUAAAAAAUAACUUUUGCUAAAACUGUUUCCUGCUUUCACAUUUAUCAAUAAAGAUCAGCAUUUAAUCAGCCUCCUUUAUUCUCUGCAACACAACAUUAUAAUGCUUUUUAAUGACAGCAUCUUGAAAAUGUUUCCUU